AUGAAAAUAUACAUAUAGUCCCCUGUGUUUUAGAAAUUCAUAUUCAAUAAUUAACACUAAAGGAAUAAACUUUAAAUGCCAGUAUCCUCAGAGAAAAUUGAAAAACCCUCUCCUAUGUCCAGAUCUUUAACAAUUAAGUCGUACUAAUUUUAAGCAAAUUAAAUAGAAGAAAGUAAACUCAAAAUACAGUUGAACCAAGAGGAUUGUCAUUAUCCAUAUCAAGAGAAACUCAUAGAAACUUUUUCAAAGAUCCUAUUUAAAAUAGAGUAUAACCUACAGAUCAAUUUCAAACUAUGAUCAAAGAGAUUUAAGUAGGAAACUCAUUAUAAGUUAUUACAAAGUUAGAAUAAGGUCCAUUUACUAAAAAAUCUUAUUUGAUUUUAGGAAUUGCAUACAAACAACUCAAUCAAUUUGAUAAAGCAAGAAGUUGGGUAAUUUGUGAUCUUAAUAAAGUUCAAUAAAUGCUUAUCUGAGUAUCCCAAUUAUUUGGAUGGCUAUAUUUAAUCAGCAGUUUUAGAAUUUAAAGCUUAAAAAUACUAUGAAUCUCUCAAACUCAUAGAACAAGCCUUACUUCAUAGUCCAAAUGAUAAAUAGGCACUCCAAUAUAAGGCUAGAUGUCAUUCAGCUUUAAAGUAACAUCAAAAAGCUUUAGAAAUUUAUGAAAAAUUAAAUAAUACAGACUUUUUAGGUAGAUCACGUCAUUGUCUAUCAUUAAUUAAAUGUAAUUAAUUUGAUUAGGCACUUGUUAAAAUUGACACAAUUUUACAAUAAGAUUGUGAAAAUGCUGAAGCUUUGUUAUUAAAAGGAAUAAUAUACUUUAAAAAAAGUAAGUCUUAAAUUAAAUCUAUUAGAAAAUUUUAUAGAGUCCUAAAUUUAUAUUGAAUAAGCUAUUCAGAUGUCAACAUCACAUUAAUUAAGUGCCAAAGCUAUUUCCUAUAUUGUGAAGUCUAAAAUAUGUUUAAUGGACUUUUAUGAGGCUUAAUUACAUUUAUCUAGAGCAGAUCAAUUAAAAAAGAAUUUUAAAUGCAUAUAAAAAUUGAAACCCUUUGUGAGUGGAACUGUCAAAUUAAUGAAAAGAUAGUUUAUUUAAGGACUUUAAUUAAUUAAAGAUUUAAAGCCUAUAAGCAAAUUCAUAUAACCAAUUUACUAUAAAUUUUUAGCUUAUGCAUAAUUUUGUACAUCUGAUUAUGUAUAGGCUUUGAAAUCUUAUGAAUCAAUCAAUUAGAUUGAUAGAGGUUAAGUGUACAAUAAAUAUGUAGCUGAAGCUCUUGUUUUAGUAUAAAAAUGUAAAUUAUAUGAAAAUAAUCAGGUUAGUAUGAAGCAUCGGUUAGGUUGUUAGAUAAAGCUAGUGAUAUAUUUCCAAAUAAAUUAGAACCAUAUUAUUAUAAAUGUUCGAUUUGUUUACUUGAUAAAUUAUAUGAUGGAGUAUAAGAAUGUGAAUAGCUGCUAGAUUUAGCCUUUUCUAAAUAAGGAAAAUAGCCCAAUAUCUUUUUUGCUAGAGCUUUAAUGAAAUCUUAUAAAAGAAGAUACACUUCAGCUUUGAAGGAUAUAGAGAAGGCAAUUGAUAAAAGUGAAGAUAGUAUAAGUGAUCAUUUUUACAUCAGAGGUAUCUUACAUGCUUAAAGUAUGAGAUUGAAAGAAGCUAUAAAGGAUUUUACAACAGCAAUUCAUUUUAAUAAGGAACAUUCAGAAUCAUAUUUAGAAAGAGCUAAAUGUUAUUAGAUAAAAGGAGAGUAAUUAAAAAUAUCAUUUUUAGUACAGCAUAGAGUUUUGGUGAUAUGAAUAAAUAUGUUAAGUAUAAUAAUUCAGAUGAGAUUCAUUAUUGGAGUGGUAGUUUAUUAUUUCAUAAUAAUGCUUAUGAAGAAGCUCUAAAAGCAUUUAAUGAUGCAAAAUAAACAAAUUAAAUACUUAUAUUAAAAUUAAAGUGUGAAAUUAAAUUGUAAUAAAUAGAUAAAGCUUGUAUUAUAUCUAAUUAAAUAACAUAAUAAAAUGUUAGAGAAUCUAAAUAUAAAAUAGAUUCUUAAUUGUUGACAUAUAUUAAAUAAGUUUUGGAUUUUACAUAGAAUAAAAAAAGUUGUGAUUUAGUACAGUUUCCUAAUAUAGAUUAAAAUGAAGUUGGUUUAAUAUUUUAGACAUAAGAUAUUCUAUUGUUUAAAGCAUCAAGUAUGAUUUUCUAACAAAAAUACAAUGAAGCAAUAAUUAUUCUUUAAUAAUUAGAAAGUUAUUGGUUGAAUUCUCAAAAAGAUAGAUUAAAUAGUAUUUCAAGCCAUUAAGAUGCUGAUUCAGAAAAGAGUGAAAAUUUAUCUAAUGAGAUGGUUUUGAAAUCAGAAAGAAUAGUGUAACAUAUAAUAGGUAUAAAAUAUAAUAUGGCAAUCAUAUAUUUAUUGGUAAUAAUUUAUUAUUAUUAUUAUUUAUAGAUAUCAUAAUAUACAAAUGCUAAAAUGAAAGUUGAAGAUAUAAGAGAAUAAGUAGGGAAUGUAGUUUCAGAUGAAUUGGAUUAUUUAAAACUUUUGAUCUAAAAUUAAAUAGAUAAAAAAUCAACUAAUGUUUUUAGUAAGUCUAUCUUAACAUUUUUGAUGAAUGAGAAAAGUCUUUUUAAUGGAUUUCCAACAAUAAAAAUAUCAUUAUAUAAUUAAGGAAUUUUUGAAUGCAAACUAUCUCUUAACUUUCCAGAUAUCUAACCUCCAAAUAUUUGUCCAGAAUUUAAGAAAGAAUUUUUGUUUAUGAUUAAAGUAAUUUUAUACUUAUUUAAAUUUUAGCCCAAUCUUAUAGAAAAUAAACCAGAAGCUCCUUGGCUUUAAAGGACAUCAUAAUAAAUACUUGUUUUUACUUAGAAUUAAUUGAAUGAUGAUUUAGAUCUUACAACUGAUGACGAAGAAGAAAAUAAUGAAAAAAGAAAAAAGAAGAGACAAGUUUAAAAUUUGGAGAUAGAUGAGAAAGUAUAAAAACGUUUAGAUUAGCUGAUUAAAAAAUUAUGA